AUGGAGCUAUGGAAAUGUAUUGGUUUCGGCUUGAUCCUCAUGUUCGGGGCUUGGUCUUGUGAAGCCACCUCUCGCAGUCUCCAAGAUGCAUCUAUGUAUGGGAGAUACGAACAAUGGAUGACUCGUUAUGGUCGUGUAUAUAACGAUGUUAAUGAGAAAGAGAAUCGUUUCAAGAUAUUCAAAGAAAAUGUGGCGUUUAUAGAAUCAUCGAAUAACGAUGUGAACAAACCCUACAAGUUGGGUGUUAAUCAAUUUGCAGACCUUACGAAUGAAGAGUUCAAAGCCUCAAGAAAUGGAUUCAAGGGGCAUGAAUGUUCCACAAAGACGACUUCUUUUAAAUAUGAAAAUGUUAAGGCGCCAGUGCCAGCUGCAAUGGACUGGAGAAAGAAAGGAGCUGUAACCCCCAUCAAGGACCAAGGCCAAUGUGUGGCAGCGACCGAAGGCAUUACUCAGCUUACAACUGGUAAACUGAUCUCUUUGUCUGAGCAAGAGCUAGUUGACUGUGACACCAGCGGUGUAGACCAAGGUUCAGCAAGCAUUGCAGCCAAGAUAACUGGCUAUGAAGAUGUGCCUGCAAACAGCGAAAAAGCCCUUCUAACCGCUGUUGCUCAUCAACCAGUUUCUGUUGCCAUCGAUGCUGGAGGUUCCGAUUUCCAGUUCUAUUCAAGUGGUGUCUUUACAGGAUCCUGUGGAACGAGCCUUGACCAUGGGGUUACCGCUGUUGGUUAUGGCGUUAGCGAUGAUGGGACUAAGUAUUGGUUGGUUAAAAACUCAUGGGGGACAGAAUGGGGUGAAGAGGGGUACAUAAGGAUGCAAAGAGAUGUUGAAGCAAAAGAAGGUCUAUGUGGCAUUGCUAUGGAAGCCUCUUACCCCACUGCUUAG